AGACCAGACAUUAAACUGGACGCAGCCAGCGAUGAGGACUGCGGUGCUCCGGGAUCUCUGAAACAGCUUCGGGAAGAAUACCGAACUGAAUUCCGUAUUAUAUUGCACUUUAACCCAGCAAGGAUAAAGCACAGUUUAACGAAGGGGACUGGAAGUAAAUUGCGCAUGACAGCUACACUACAACAACCGACAGCGGCGCUUAAUCCGCGUUUGUGAUGUGACGGCUGGCCGCGCCAAAGUGGCGCUUUUACGCACGAUGGAAGACCUUUUACGCGAGCAGGAUAGCUGGUCUCAGAAUGUUUCAUGGAGCAACUCAAGUCGUGGAAACGAAAGUCACUCGGGGAACAUCACAGUGAACCCUCUGAAACGAAAUGAAGAAGUGGCCAAAGUGGAAGUUACUGUCCUGGUCCUGGUGCUGCUGCUCGCUCUGAUCGGCAACCUGUGCGUUCUGUGGGCUAUCCACACCACCAAGCACAGCCAGUCUCGGAUGUAUUAUUUCAUGAAGCACCUGAGCAUCGCAGACCUCGUCGUUGCAAUCUUUCAGGUUUUACCACAACUCAUUUGGGAUAUCACCUUUCGCUUCUAUGGGCCGGAUUUGCUUUGCAGGUUGGUGAAGUACCUCCAGGUCGUGGGCAUGUUUGCGUCCACCUACAUGCUCGUCCUCAUGUCCAUUGACAGGUGCUUAGCAAUCUGUCAGCCGCUCCGCUCCGUGCACAAGAGAAAAGACCGUUUCUGUGUGCUCGCCUCUUGGAUGCUCAGCCUGAUAUUCAGCACUCCUCAAACUUACAUAUUCUCUCUGAGGGAGGUCGGGAACGGUGUGUAUGACUGCUGGGGAGACUUCGUGCAGCCGUGGGGAGCCAAAGCAUACAUCACUUGGAUGAGUCUCAGCAUUUACAUUUUUCCAGUUGCGAUUUUAUGUAUUUGCUAUGGCUUGAUAUGUUUUAAAAUAUGGCAGAAUUUCAACUUGAAAACCAGAAGGGAACACUUUAUGGCUCUCACUCCAAGGCCCUCCAAAGGCGCACAUCCACUGUCUCGUGUGAGCAGCGUGAGACUCAUUUCGAAAGCCAAGAUCCGCACAGUGAAGAUGACAUUUGUAGUGGUGCUUGCAUACAUUGUGUGCUGGACUCCCUUUUUCUUUUGCCAGAUGUGGUCUGCAUGGGAUCCUGCUGCACCAAGAGAAGACAUGGCCUUCAUCAUCGCCAUGCUGCUGGCCAGCCUCAACAGCUGCUGUAACCCCUGGAUUUACAUGUUCUUCGCCGGUCACCUGUUCCACGACCUGACGCAGUGCUUCUUCUGCUGCUGCAGACAGUAUCUGACGGACUCGUCCUGCAGCUGUGACCAGCAGUGCAGGCACAAGAGCGGCUCGUCCACGUGCGUGAUCAAGAACGCCGGCAGUCAGAAGAGCCUCACGCACACGUCCAGCACCGGAGGAGCAGCGCCGUGAGGAACCAGCCCAAAGCCGCUUUCUGUUCUCGAGUAAUCCAGCUAUCAUGCAAGUCCGCAUUUCAGGCAUUUAAUUAGCACCGCCCUGCACUGGCCGUUGCAAUAUGUUUGUUUUCAAAUUUUAAAUAGAGCCAAAUGUAAAAUGUAAACCUCCUGUCCAGACAUUACCCUGCACUCCACGAUAACAGGAAAGCCAUUGUUGGACAAAAUGUGGACAAAAUGUGACAGAAAGUGAAGCUCCAACACCCACCAGCUCCAGCUGGCGUUGCUUUAAAUCUCUAAGGAUGUGUGCUCUUGGCUUUCCCAAAACACUGCUCCCCCUUUGAACUCGCUUUACAUCAGAGUCCUACAAACCACGUGUUUGAUCUAUAUUCUAGGCUUCAGCAUCUAAAGAUGGAACCUCCGCCUUUCUGUUUGAACAAAUAUGAGCAUUUUCCAACUUCUGUGAGCACUGCUGUGAUGUAUCUUAAACACAUGUUCUUCUAGUCGUGAUCCUGAUGUGACUCUUAACAUUAGUAGGUCCGAGUUAUCAUAAAAAGCAAGAACUACGUUAAUGUUGCACAAGAAAAAAAGAACAAAGUUGUCUGAUUAAAAGAUUGCCAGAAAACAUUUUGAUCUGUACGAAUAGGCACUGCUUCAGUUCUUGUUUACCCAUUUUAAAUCAGCUUUGCUUCGGGUGCAAACACUUUGCAUUAUGAUGGCUGGUUGAUAUCCACUCCUGGUGCUCGGCUUAAUGCAGCGCUGCACUGUAACAACACAACCAGAUUUCAUCAACAAAGCAAACUCCACAGGAAUGCUUUUUACCCCAGAAGAUUUCAGAAGACUGUCUUGCUGUACAGAUCAAAUAAUGUUUGUUGUCAUGAAGUGAUAUGAAAUUCACUUUGUAAAUAGUUUUCACUGCUCCCAGUGUGUGUCUCCAUACCAGUAUUUUUAUUUUAUUUUAAUCUAUUCUGUCUUUUAUUUUCUAGGUUGUUGAUUUUUAAUGUUACUAUGCGUGUGUCAGAGAACACAUUUACUGUUGCUGGAAUCAAACCAGAACAAUGUUUUCACCUCCUGGCCGUGUUGAAUAUUUUUUAUUGUUAUUUUCUUGCUCUGUUGCUUUUACUGUAUGAUUUAAGGCAAUGUGCCAUCUGUUUAUACUUUGCACACUGAGAUGUUCAGCUUCAGGAUGGGAUAAUGUGCAUUCUACAGCUGUGUUUUUUCAUGUCCUGAGCUUUAUGUAACCUUAAAGCUGUCCAAGGCAACACUGAAGUGUAUGGCAGCGUUCUGCAGAAAGCAGAGCACGAAAGCUUAAAACGUACCUAAAAUGAAACAUACAGCUAACAAAACAACAGUAUUUUUUUCUUAAGGCAUCAGUUUGGUUUAAAUUCUAGCAAUGACUUACAGGUUGUUGUGCAUGAGAGCACACACAGUAAACCCAAUGAGUCAAAAUGUUUAGAUUUAUUCCUCCUCUGUCUCUUUACAAAUAUCUCUAAAAGGCAACCAUAACAUGUUAAAGGCUGUUUGAGAAAACGUUUUUAUAGACACAUACAUAUAAUAACAAAUGUAUGCUAAUGUCUACCUUAUUUCCAGUCAUGCAUUUCUGUGAUAAUAAAGUCUGUGCUGAUGAGGCCGAU